UCGGGGCGGACUGUCGAAAGGCGGCGCGUCUGGAGAGGUGGAGCCCCGAGGUGACCGGCGCCACUGCGAAACGCCCGCGCCACCCCCCAAAUCGAAGUGGUUCAGCCCGAGAACUUUUCAUUCAUAAAAAGAAAAGACUCCGCAAGGAGCGAGUGAGUCAGAACCGAAGCCGCCGACGCGGACCCCACGAAGCAGCCAGCCCAGGGCAUGUACCGAGACUUCGGGGAACCCGGACCGAGCUCCGGGGCCGGCGGUGCGUACGGCGGCCCAGUGCAGCCCCCGGGGACAGGCCAGCAGAAGUUCCACCUCGUGCCAAGUAUCAACGCUGUGAGCGGCAGCCAGGAGCUCCAGUGGAUGGUGCAGCCUCACUUCCUGGGACCCAGCAGCUACCCCAGGCCUCUGGCAUACCCCCAGUACAGCCCCCCACAGCCCCGGCCAGGAGUCAUUCGGGCCCUGGGGCCACCUCCAGGGGUGCGUCGCCGGCCCUCUGAACAGAUCAGCCCGGAGGAGGAGGAGCGCCGUCGAGUGAGGCGCGAGCGGAACAAGCUGGCGGCGGCCAAGUGCAGGAACCGGAGGAAGGAACUGACCGACUUCCUGCAGGCGGAGACUGACAAACUGGAGGAUGAGAAAUCCGGGCUGCAGCGAGAGAUUGAGGAGCUGCAGAAGCAGAAGGAGCGCCUGGAACUGGUGCUGGAAGCCCACCGCCCCAUCUGCAAAAUCCCAGAAGGGGCCAAGGAGAGUGACACUGGCGGCACAAGCGGCACCAGCAGCCCACCAGCCCCCUCUUGCCCUGUGCCUUGUAUCUCCCUUUCCCCGGGGCCUGUGCUUGAACCUGAAGCAUUGCACACCCCCACGCUCAUGACUACACCCUCCCUGACUCCUUUCACCCCCAGUCUGGUCUUCACCUACCCCAGCACCCCUGAGCCCUGUGCCUCAGCCCAUCGCAAGAGCAGCAGCAGCAGUGGAGACCCGUCCUCUGACCCGCUUGGCUCCCCCACCCUCCUGGCCUUAUGAGGCACCCCAGCCCCACUCCCUGCUGGUGCCACCCUAGCCAACAUAUCCAGCCCACAUUGGUCCAGCUGGCCUGGACCAUAUCCCGUGCCCAGCCUCAGCAGGUUCUCCUCCGUUCCUCCAGGUGAGACUGAGCAUAUUUUGCUUCCUGGUAGAGCCAGCCUGGGGCCAGUGAAGCUGCCUGCUGUUUCUCUAGAGCUGGCCUCUCUUGAACAAUUUGCACAGAAUCAGAGACAAAAUAUUUCCCAUUUGUGCUAGAGAACUCCUGGCAGCCCCAAAGGACUUUGCAGAUCCCUAGAGGUCCUCUGGAGCCCUAACCCCCUCCAAACUACCCCUAGAGUUUUCAUCACCCUCUUCCUAUGAUCCACCCAACUCUGACAGAAAGUGAUACUCUGCCAGCCUAGAACACUAACUCCCCCAGCCCCACUGCCAGCAGCACCAGGUGACUGAACCAGGGCAUCCUGCCGGCCCUCCUGAAUGGCACAGCUCAGGAGGGUGCCAGAGGCUUCUGUGAUGAGCUGACUGGCAGCCCCCAGCUCUGAGAAGCUUUUAGCUCCAGGGAAUGAAGCCUUCACAGCGAGGGCAGCUGCUAUUUAUUUUCCUAAAGAGAGUAUUUUUAUACAAACCUGCCAAAACAGAAUAAAAGGCUUGAAGCUC